AGUGCAAUAUUAGAGAACACAACAUAGCUUUCUGCACUCACACAUUUUCCCGUAGAUACAUCAUAAAAAUCACAUAACUACAUCUGCCCUCGUUGUUUCUCAACUGGACAUUGAUGCAUUUGCCUCAACGGUAACCGUAGCGGUCCCUCCGAUCGUUAUUGCUGUUAUUUCCUUCCUAUUCCGCAUCCAAAGACUGAUCUACGCUACAAGAUGGCUGAGCUGAAUUUAGGGAAGGGGCUCACUGCGGGGAAAGUGGCCAGUAACGUGCAGAAAAAACUAACCAGAGCGCAGGAAAAGGUUCUGCAGAAACUUGGCAAAGCAGAUGAGACCAAAGAUGUUGCUUUUGAGGAGGGAGUAAUCAAUUUCAACAAACAAUAUGCUGAAGGCAGCAAACUGCAGAAGGACCUAAGAGCAUACCUCGAGGCUGUGAAAGCCAUGCAUGAGUCCUCCAAGAACCUUCAGGCAUGUCUAGCUGACAUGUAUGAGCCAGACUGGUAUGCCAAGAACGAAGUGGAUUCCAUUGUGGAGGACUGUGAUGUUCUUUGGACUGAUUAUCACCAGAAGCUGAUUGAUCAUGCUCUCAUCUCCAUGGAUACUUAUCUGGGCCAGUUCCCUGAUAUUAAAGCUCGUAUAGCGAAGAGGGACAGAAAGCUGGUAGAUUACGACAGCGCAAGGCAUAAUUAUGCUGUGACACACAAAACCAAGAAAAAGGAUGGGGGCAUUAAAAUUACCAAGCCCUCAUCUUUGUUGGAAAGAGCCACUCCAGGGUGGGCUCAGGGUAUCCUGUCUGCACACAAUGUUGCCCAAAGCAGUCUUUCCAGGAGCCAGGCUGAGGAGGAGUUGGAAAGGGCCCAGAAGGUGUUUGAGGAGAUUAAUGUUGACUUGCAAGAAGAGUUACCUUCACUUUGGAACAGUCGUGUUGGGUUUUAUGUCAGCACCUUCCAGAGUCUGGCUGGUUUUGAAGAGAAGUUUCACAAAGAAAUGAGCCGUUUGGAUCAAGAUUUGUAUGAUAUCCUGGAGAAACUGGAGGGAACAGACACGAGCAGCAGCACAGGUAUCCACGGCACCUCGUCGUCAGGAGCAAACAGGAGUGGUAAAGAGGCAUCUAAUCACACUCUCAGGCCAGGAGGACCACCCCCAAUCCCUAAAUCCCCAUCCAAGCUCAAACCAGCAGUGCCUCCUCCACCUAAGGUGACACCAUCUAAAGAGCUAAAAACAGAGAAUAUCAUCAACCUUUUUGAUGCUGCAGCUACUCCUGAUAUCAGCGUCACCUCCCCUACAGAGCCUGCAAACUGGGACUCAUGGCCUGAGGACAGUGGUGCCCAGGAAGAAGAGACCGCACAGCACUAUGACCCUGUAGUUGCUGCUACAGAGGCCUGGGGGGAUGAUGGUUCGCAGCCCGUCCACUAUGACCCCAUCGCAGCUGCCACAGAGGGCUGGGGGGAUGACGGAACCCAGCCAGUUCGCUAUGACCCUUUGGCUGCAGCUCAGGAGGGAUGGGGGGAUGAUGGAAGCCAGCCGGUUGAUUAUGACACUGUUGCUGAAGCCCAAGAGGGCUGGGGCGAUGAGGGAAGCCAACCAGUCGCAGAGGUGCCUGCCACAGACAAUGAAACACCUGCAGAUGAGGCUCCAGCAGACACAGUUGAGGAGGAAGAACCCCCAGUUGCUGCUGUGUUGGAUAAUGAAGAGGGUCAGGGGGACUCUGCAGCUGCAGCAGCUGCACCCGCUGCACCGACUGCACCAGCUGAACCAGUAGUGGAAGAAGCAGCAGAAGUGGAGACACCUGCAGUAGCAGCAGAAUCAACAGAAUCAACAGAAGUAGCAACAGAAUCUCCAGACAUGCCCCCUGGUUUUUUGUUCAAGGUCCAAGUGAUGCACGAUUAUGCUGCCAACGACACGGAUGAACUGGAGAUGAAGGCUGGUGAUGUGGUGCUAGUAGUCCCUUUUGACAACCCUGAUGAACAGGAUGAAGGCUGGCUGAUGGGACUAAAGCAGGACGACUGGCAGCAAAAUAAAGAAAAUGCCACUAAAGGAGUAUUUCCUGAAAACUUUACCCAGAGGCUGUGAGGCUGCCUCUUACCUACAAGAGGACCGGACCUUAGUCCAGCGCCUUCGUUAUGUCUCUCUUCCUCUUGCCCAUAUUCCUUCCCUUUCUUGCCCUGAUACUGUAUCUUUCCUAGGACUUUGGCCAUAGAAGCAGAGCUGUCACAGCCCUGAAUGAAAUCAUGCAUUUCUAAGGUCUGCUACACUGUGCUAAAAGUGGAUCUUUGGCAUUUCUGUGGAUUUCUGCCGACAUUUACAAAUUGCAGAUGGAGCCAUUUCAUAGGUCCCACUUUUUGCAGUUUUUCUGUGCAAUUACCUGAUAUUAGAGGAAUUGAUUAGAGACUCCAGGUCAUAUAGAAUAGAUGCAGGGAUGGUUACCUCUGAAAUGGUUGCAUCUGAAAUUGCAUUAAAAUCUGUUAUUCUUGAUCACGUGUCAUAAUGAGAAAGAUGUCUGUUGGGAUGUUUAAAGCUGGUAAUGAGAUAUUAAGGAGAGUUUAAAAUUACUGUGACAACGUCAGGUCUAGCAGAGUACCCCUUACACCCACAUCAGCCUGAAAAUAAGAGAGUGUAGGUACUACAAACCUGAGCAAAAAGUUAAAAACACACACUGAGUAGUCUUCACUUUAGUAGAAAAAUUCACCAAGCAGAGUAAUACUGAAAAAGUAGAACCAACUCCUAGCUGGCAACUUCACUUUCCUUCAAGCUUUGAACACACAUGGUACUGAAGCCUAAUCAGCCCAGCAGCAGAUCUCUAAAUAGUGCUAGCGUUUUAAGAUUGGUGAUCACACUCCGGAUAUGAUGCCAUUUGGACAAACCCCACUGAAUAAAACCUAGCCUUCAUCCCUAUUUUAACUGUUUACUCAUAGAAAAUUGGCCCUUGGUUGUUGUAUUAGUUUAGAUUCUGUGGUGGUAUAGGUAUUACAAACCUGUUGUUAAAAUCCAAAUAAAUGCAUAUGUUGUUAACUGGUCAUCAGACAGCAGUCAAGUAAAAGAGGAAUCCAAAAUGAUAAUUUCGGAUCUGGGAGUCUCAUGGUAUUAAGAAAGAAAAAAAAAAAAGUUUAACUUAUUUUUGACUGUUGGCUUUUAAUUCCUUGAAAAUGUAUGGAGUUUUGGGUGUGUUUUUUUCCUUAUCAAGAGAUUCCAAAUAUGCAUUAGCCUGGCUUGUUAAAAGCUAGCCUACAAACUACAGAAACAAGAUGCUGCUACUGGUAGUAUAAUAGUUUAUAGAUACGGUGACACCCUUAUACUAAUCAAAUAUUUAAUAACUGAGCCAGCCUCAUUAACUAAAAGAAUAAAUAAAUGUGCCGAAAACAGUUCCCUCUGUUUGCAAAGAGACUAUUUAACUCACAUGCAGAUGAUUAUGAAUAUGCACCAGAGCAACUUCUUUUAUUUUUAUAUGCUGCCAAGCAAUGAUUACAUAUAGCCUAAUGUAACUAUGUCAACGGAAUUGCCAAUUGAGGAUGUUAUGGAGUGUUUUGUACUUCUGUAAGGUUUACUGCUCUCGACGUAGCCGCAUAGGUAGUUAAAACUAUCUCACAUUCAGUCAUUCAUUCAGUCACUGAACAGAGUUUCAUGAUGUUAUUAUAACAUGUAAUAAGUCUGAGAGAAAAUCUGUGUGUGUACGAUUGUAUGUGUGUGUUUAUCAGUUGUUUGAGGAUCAUAAAUCUUUAUCUAUAGGCUAUUGUUAUUGGAUGAUACCACCACCACAGCGUACCCGGGAGGGAGUUUUUCUGACUGGAUGAAGGCAACUCAAAUGUAUUUGGGCCUUUUUUUCCACUGGCUGGUAUUACGGUUCCAGGUGUUAUUGUGCAUUUGUUGUGUAUAAGUGUAAUUUUACCAAGCUGUGAUGACAGAUACAUAUUCUAUAAAGACAUUCAUAUUGUAUGUGUGUUACUGUGUGCAUGCUGACUUCCCAUGUGUUGUUGUGUGAACACCCUUAAUUUAAGACAGUGAUACUUGGGUCACUUUUGAGGCAGUUGAAACAAGGUAUUUUUUUUAAUUUUUUUUAUGUGUUUUGUUAAUCUUUCUAAGAUGGUGGUGUGGUGGGCAGUUACUGUGUGUUUUUCCACCAUUCUCUUUCAGAUAAAUCCUGAUUAGAACUGCUGGUUGCCCAUCAGCCUUGCCUCAAAAUGUUGCUAGGUAUCGUGGUCCAAACAGAGUUAAUUAUGUGGAGACUUGUCACAUAAAGAUAAAUUUCAAGCAACCAGACUCAAUUGGACAGAUUUUCUAAUGGUUUUCAGUAUUUUAACCACUUGAGAAUUUUUUUUUAUUCAUGUAUAUUUAAAAAGCCUCAUAGGUGAGAACAAGAACUUCACAUUCAGGCUCAAACAAUCACAAUUUGUUUUUGAAUUUUUUUUUAUAUAAAUUGGUCAUGUUUUACUUGGGUCUGGCUCUAUAUUUGUCUUCAUGGACCAGUCUCCUGUGAUGAGCUAUGGGAUAUGAAAAAAGGACUGUCCUGUACCUAACUGACCAAUAUUAAACAUAAAAGAUAAAAAUUA